UUGAAAUUUAAUUGGUAGUCAAGCAAAUCAUCGUAAAUCUAAACAUAAAUGAAAGUAUAGUUGUUCUCAGUUUGCUUGAAAAUCUUUAACAUCAUUUAUUAUGAAUUAACAUGAAUGAGUAAAACACUAUUUUAUGAAGUGACGAGAGUGUAGAACAUGUACCCUUAUGUAUUUCAGUUCAGUGGUAGAAUAAAUAUUGAGCUAACAAGUAGAUUUAAAGUUAUCUAAUUCCAUUUCAUACGUUAUUUCAGGAGUCUAAUAAUAAGUUUUAAAAAUUUUACGAAACAUACAACUGAUUGUUAUAUUUAUGAUAAACAUUUGUCUUUUUCUGAAGAUAUCUGUAUGGCAAUAAUCAAUCAGCACAAUUUACAUAAAAAUCAGAAUAACGCCAUAUCAUAUUUACAUGAUUUUAAUAACUUUAUUCUGAAUUUAAAACAUUUAAAUAUUUUAUUAAAGUUUCAGGAAAAUUAUACCAUAAAUCUUUAAUACUUUUAAAUCUUAAUAACUUUCGUCUACUCUUGUAGAGCAAGAUACAUUGGCCACAGCCAGAGCUCGCUUUUAACUCGAAUACGAGAACAUGUCCCAGUUUGAUUCUACAACGAUGAGAGGAAAGCAGUUAGAAGUUCCAUACUUGAACAUCUACUCGACUGUUGUAUUUACGAUUCGUCUAAAUCUACCUUGAUUUUUUCGUAUUCGAAAUAGCUGAGAUCAAGCUAGAACUAUGCGUACAAAAAGGUAUUAAAAAGAUUUAAUUAAAAAUGCCAAUAGAACAAAGAUCAUAUAGUAAUACAUUACAUCAAACUGGUGAAAGAAAAGCUGUUAUUAAAUAUGUUGAAAUGAGUAAAGAAAUGCAACAAGAUGCUGUACAAACUGCUGCAUUAGCUAUAGAUAAAUAUAAUGAUGAUAAAGAUAUUGCAUUAUUUUUAAAAAAAGAAUUUGAUCGUAAAUAUGAACCAACAUGGCAUUGUAUUAUUGGAAGUAAAUUCUCAAGUUACGUAACGCAUAUAAAACAAUUCUGUAUUUACUUUUCAUUGGAAGAUCGUGGAGUUCUUCUUUUCAAAACUGUGUGA